UGCAUCAUCCUCUCCCACUGCGUCUGCUGUUCUCGUUCCCGUUAUGUUUGUCGUUUUCCUUAUUACAACAUUCAUUUUUUGCGCGACUUAUUUUCUUCUCCGUGUUCUAGGUAAUAGUUUUUUAAAGUGACUUUCUCUCGAAUGGUGUGAAAUUUGAAAUUUCUUCUCUCACGUUUGGUUCCGAUUAAAAUUGUAUGAUUUGUAUGUAUAUUUUCAUUUUCAUACAUAAUAUAGGUAUAAUUUCUGGAGUUGAACGAAUCCAACUUCCAAGAUGACAACGAUCACGGAAAUCGCAUGCGAAAAAUGCCAAAGUCCAUUGAUAUCUCCCGGCGCAGCAAAUCAGACGCAAGAAACCACGAAGUAUGGUUUUUAUAUGACAAAAUGUGCGCAUUUCUACCAUGAAAGCUGCAUCAGGGAACUGUAUAAUACGCUGACGUUGGCCAAUCCAGAAAAACCCCGCGUAUUCAUCUGUAAACAGCAGAAUUGUGCCACUCCGGUAAAGCAUGAUCAAAUUUUUCUCAUUUUUCCUACAUUACAAAGCAGAAAAAUCGAUUCAGUAUCAGUAGGCUUGAAGCCCGAUGUGAAACGAGCUUUAGUAGUCGCUUUAGAUACGAUUAACCAGCUUCAAAAAAUGGCUCAACAAAGUGCGAGUGAUUUGACCAUUGCUCAAAAUACAAUUACCGAAUUACAGACGAAAUUGAAAGAGUCGAAUGCCCUAUACCGAAAAGCGAUUGAAGAUGAAACAUUCAAAGUAGUGCGUCAACGAUCAACUCAAACGGAUACGAAUACAGAAAUACUACUUGCAAGUUCAGAAAUGCCAAAAGGCAAUACGAAACAAACGAGCAUUCACACCUUAGAUGUGACCAAUGAUGAAUCAUCUGAACCUCAAGCACAAAGUUGCGCCAAUGCUGCGGCUCAAGCUUCUAAAUCUAUAGCUAAAGAACCGACGAAAACCACAACGAAACAACUUUCGAUAAUUGGAGUCGACCAGAUGUCCAGAACUAUCGUCAGCCAAACACCAAAAUCAAUGGCAAAUCAGUCGACGAAUAAUUACUUGCCUCCUCUAACAACAACGUAUUAUACACCGUUUGGAAAUUUGAAAUUUGAGCCUAAAUUUGAGCCCCAAAUUCUGGCUAAUAUUGAUCAAACUGCAGUCUACCAGAUGCCCAACCCUCUCACCGGCCCAAUUCCAGAAUCAAUGGCAAAUGAGUUUACGAAUAAUUACGUUCCUCCUCUAACAACAAUAUAUACACCGUUUGGAAUUUUGAGAGGUCCAGGAUUUCAGCGUAGAUUUGAUCCUACUGCAGUCUACCAACCGUUUGGAAUAUUUGACCGUAGAUUUGAUUCUAUAAUUCGGGCUAAUAUUGUUCCUUCCUAUCCUGCAAAGGAACCUCCAAAACGCAGACCUACGAGUACAUCGCAAACCAAAGAGCGUCACAUACAAUUCCAAGAGCGAUUUAAAAUUGAUUCCGAGAUACUCAAACCGUUCUACCCACUUGAUUGUUAUCCCCUGCAGUACACUGCUGCUGGGGUUUACUACAAGGGUAAAGAAGUUGAAAAAAUCGCCAUACUUGCCAAGGACGUACUCAUGAUCGGAGAUGGCCUUAUAUACGGUAUGGUACAGAUUAUCUCGAAAGCGAUACCUUUCGAAUUCGAUUUACAUCCGGAAUUAUACGGAAGAAAUUUCAGCAUCGAAGAUUUAGUUGGCACGUUGAACUCUUUUCCGAAGCUUCCUCCUAGAAUCAUGCUUUCCAUUGGAAAUCUAGAUGCGUUUAAUUCGAUGGAAAAUCAAACAUUUCAUAUUCAUCUUCAAAGACUACUCGCAAUUUUUCGAUCUCGACAAGUCAAGGAAUUAUAUUUAAUCCCUCCGAUAAGGUACACUACUCCAGACUCGAGUACAUUUGCGUAUAUUGUUCGUGUAUUCCAGUCGAGGAGUUGUAUAAAUGCUUUCGGUGGUAAAAGUGUGGUCAUGGAACCUCCUUUUUUCCCAGAUUACACUGUGGAUGAAUUUGGGCCGAAGUUCGAAGUAGAACAAUUUGAAUCCUAUGUACGAAUUAUGCGUGAAAUUUUCAUUGAAAAGCCCUUCGAGGAUUCGACGAUGGACCGAUGGACUCAGAAGUUUAAUUGAUUUAAUCUAUACUUGAGUACUUACAAUAAACUAACGAACUUUUA